AGUCACAGCGGCGCUCCUCGCGACCUGUCAUCGUCGAAUCGAACGUACAUAUAAUAAAACGCGUUGUGUGUGUGUGAAGUAAAGCGAAGUUUGUUUUGUUCCCAGCCAGUGUUGUUCGCCAUGUCGCGAUUUGUGGCCGGUUUUAUAACAAUCCUCUAUGUCUGCGCGGUCUCAGGACAGCAGCAAAGAGGUCCACCAAACGACAGCAGCAUCAGAGUUGGGUCUGUCACUGGUGGCAGCUACCCUGAUGGCGCCUUCAGUAUUAACUAUGGAGACGGCAAGGGACCGAUGGUUCCCUCUUCAGCGAACGUGCCCCAGAGAGAAGAAGACCUCAGAAGACUGAAAGCGACAAACGACAGCAUUGCAGUCGGCGUGGUGUCUGGUGCUAACUUCGGAGACGGAGCCUUUAGCGUCAACCGCGAUGACAAUAAACCAGCACCAAAUAAUGGUGCAGCUGCAUACGACAGACCGAAUAAUGGAUACGACGGACCAAAUAAUGGAUACGACAGACCAAAUAAUGGAUACGACAGCCCAAAUAAUGGUCAAGGAUUUGCCUACGAUAACAACCAUUUAGGUGAUAGCCAGAAUCCUCCGUACUACGGAAAUAAAUACGAUAGGCGAACAACUGAAGCUCCGGCAUCGAACUCUGGGACAGAUAAAAAAGGGUUCUUUUCAACUGUCCGUAGUUACUUAUCGAAAUGGUUUUUCUUUUAAAUGUUAAAUGAUUUUUUGACACGUUUACUUUUAUAAAUAUAUUUAGUAACAAAUUGUGA